AGGGCGAGGACAAAGCGUGCGGGAACAGUGAACCAUGGAGCUGUAUUUCGGUGAAUAUCAACAUGUGCAGCAAGAAUAUGGCGUCCAUCUGAGACUCGCAAGUGAUGAUAGCAAAAAAUCAAGGAAUUCCCAACACUCUAAGGCAGGCUCCUAUGGUGUCAGUAUCCGGGUGCAGGGAAUUGAUGGCCACCCCUACAUAGUCCUGAAUAACACGGAGCGGUGUCUGACAGGCACAUCUUUUCCUGAAAAUGGGCCACCAUUUCCAUCUCCAAUGAUAAAUAACCUGCCCCUGCAUUCCAGCAAUGGGUCUGUGCUGGAGGAGAGCAGCGCAGAAGAAUUGCAGCUCCCAGAAAAUCCUUAUGCCCAACCCAGCCCAGUAAGAAACCUGAAACAAUCCUCUCUCUUUGAGGGCAAGAAUGGGGUUCUCGAAUGCAAAGAAGGGCCAGUGAAACCAUCCCACAUGUUGAACUUUCAGAGGCAUCCAGAGCUUUUGCAGCCCUACGACCCUGAAAAGAAUGAAUUGAACUUGCAAAAUCAUCAGCCUCCUGAGAGUAAUUGGCUAAACACUUUAACAGAAGAAGGUUCCAACAAUAAGAAGGCUUGGACUUGCUUCCCCAAACCUGGUAGUUCCCAACCUACCAGCCCUCCUUUGGAAGAUGUGGGCAAAUCCAGCGUGACGGCCAUUCGUUUGUGCAGCUCUGUGGUCAUCGAUGACCCCAAGAAGCAGACCUCAGUGUGCGUAAAUGUUCAGAGCUGCGCCAAGGAGGGGCUGGUGGAGGAGGCCCUUUCCCCUAGUGGGAGGUCCCUGAUGGCCCACAGCCCACACACCCAUCCCGAAACCAAGAAAGCCAGGCCGGAUGUGCUUCCCUUCCGGCGACAGGAUUCAGCGGGACCUGUGCUGGAUGGAGCUCGGUCCCGGAGGUCCUCUUCCUCAUCGGCAACUCCCACUUCGGCCAACUCUUUGUACAGAUUUUUACUUGAUGAUCAGGAAUGUGCCAUCCAUGCCGACAAUGUAAAUCGUCAUGAAAACAGACGGUAUAUCCCCUUCUUGCCAGGAACUGGGCGGGAUAUUGAUACAGGAUCAAUUCCUGGUGUGGAUCAAUUGAUUGAAAAGUUUGACCAAAAACCCGGGCUUCAGAGGAGAGGAAGGUCUGGGAAGCGAAACAGAAUCAACCCAGAAGACAGGAAGCGGUCCAGAAGUGUGGAUAGUGCCUUUCCUUUUGGUCUCCAGGGGAACGCCGAGUACCUAAACGAAUUUAGCCGGAACCUGGGCAAGUCCAGCGAACACCUUCUCCGCCCGUCGCAGGUGUGCCCGCAGAGGUCACCUGCUCAGGAGCACCGGGGGAGACAGAGCGUGGGCCGGGCCUUCGCCAAGCUGCAGGGGGCCCACCUCAGGCCUCCCCAGCAGAGCAAGGAUGGGAAAGUUCCAGAAAACACAGGUGGUCGGCAGAAUACAAACACGCACGCAUCUUCCCUCCCAGCACAGAAUAAAAAGGAGGAGGAAAUCAAAACAGCCACUGCGACGCUGAUGUUACAGAAUCGGGCACUAGCAACUUCGCCUGACUCCGGUGGCAAGAAGAUUUCUGUGAAGACAUUUACUUCUGGUACUCAGGCCACACCGGAUCUGUUGAAAGGCCAGCAAGAGCUUACUCAACAAACCAAUGAGGAGACGGCCAAGCAGAUACUUUACAAUUACCUCAAAGAGGGAAGCACCGAUAAUGAUGACGCAACUAAACGGAAAGUCAACCUGGUCUUUGAGAAAAUCCAGACUUUAAAGUCUCGAGCAGCAGGGAGCACACAAGGAAAUAAUCAAGCUUCUAAUUCUUCGCCUGAAGUCAGAGACCUGUUGGAACAGAAAAACAAGUUGACCACAGAAGUGGCUGAACUUCAGAGAAAGCUUCAACUAGAAGUCAAGAAUCAGCAGAACAUGAAAGAAGAGAGAGAGAGAAUGAGAGCAAGCUUGGAAGAGCUCCAGGGCCGGCACGACAGUAAAAUGGAAGAGAAUUCCGUGCUGCAGCAGCGCCUGGAAGAGAGCGAAGGGGAGCUCCGGAAGAACCUGGAGGAACUGUUCCAGGUAAAGAUGGAACGGGAGCAGCACCAGACCGAGAUCAGGGAUCUCCAGGACCAGCUCUCAGAAAUGCAUGAUGAAUUGGACAGCGCCAAACGAGCUGAGGACAGGGAAAAGGGAGCUCUGAUUGAGGAACUCUUACAGGCAAAACAGGAUCUUCAAGAUCUGCUCAUCACCAAAGAAGAGCAGGAAGACCUCUUGAGGAAGCGGGAGCGUGAACUCACCGCCCUGAAGGGAGCCCUGAAGGAAGAGGUCUCCAGCCAUGACCUGGAGAUGGACAAGCUGAAGGAGCAGUACGACGCCGAGCUGCAGGCCCUGAGGGAGAGUGUAGAAGAAGCAACCAAGAGAAAUCUGAGUCGGGCCACCCAGGAGCAGAAGCAGUUGUCUGAGAAGCUCAAAGAUGAGACAGAGCAGAAGGAGCAGUUAAGGAGACUGAAGAACGAGAUGGAGAACGAGCGAUGGCACCUGGACAAGACCAUUGAGAAACUGCAGAAGGAGAUGGCUGACAUUGUUGAGGUGUCCCGCGUAUCCACCCUGGAGCUCCAGAACCAGCUGGAUGAGUACAAGGAGAAAAAUCGCCGGGAGCUUGCAGAAAUGCAAAGGCAGUUGAAGGAGAAAACCUCAGAGGCCGAAAAGUCACGUCUGACUGCCAUGAAACUGCAGGAUGAGAUGCGCCUGAUGGAGGAGGAGUUACGGGACUACCAGAGAGCUCAGGAUGAAGCGCUCACAAAAAGGCAACUUCUGGAGCAGACGCUGAAGGACCUGGAGUACGAGCUGGAGGCCAAGAGUCACCUCAAAGACGACCGAAGCCGACUCGUCAAGCAGAUGGAGGACAAGGUGUCUCAGCUGGAGAUGGAACUGGAAGAAGAAAGAAAUAACUCAGAUUUGCUGUCUGAGAGGAUCACUCGGAGCAGGGAACAGAUGGAGCAGAUGAGGAGCGAGCUCCUGCAGGAGAGAGCUGUCAAGCAGGACUUGGAGUGUGACAAGAUUUCUCUGGAGAGGCAGAACAAGGACUUAAAGAGCCGGAUUAUCCACCUGGAAGGCUCCUACAGGUCCAGCAAAGAGGGGCUGGUGGUGCAGUUGGAGGCCAGGAUCGCUGAGCUGGAGGACCGUCUGGAGAGCGAGGAGAGGGACCGGGCCAGCCUCCAGCUCAGCAACCGCCGGCUGGAGCGGAAGGUGAAAGAGCUGGUGAUGCAGGUGGAUGAUGAGCACCUGUCACUGACUGAUCAGAAGGACCAGCUGAGCUUGCGCUUGAAAGCCAUGAAGCGGCAAGUGGAGGAGGCUGAGGAGGAGAUCGACAGACUAGAAAGUUCUAAAAAGAAGCUGCAGAGGGAGCUGGAGGAGCAGAUGGAUGUGAACGAGCAGCUACAGGGACAGCUCAAUGCCAUGAAGAAGGACCUAAGACUUAAGAAGCUGCCGAGCAAGGUGCUGGACGACACGGACGAUGAUGACCUCAGUACGGAUGGGGGGAGCCUCCACGAGGUGCCGCUGAGCCACAGCUUCCCCAAGGACAGCGCCGCCACCAGCCAGAUGUGAGGCCCCUUCCGGGGCUGCGGUGGCCCGUCAUGCCUGGCAGGGCCCCGCAGCCAGCCACCCGCAGCGGAGAGCAGGAGAGGCAGCGUCUAUGCGGAGCUGAGACCUGAGACCCGUGCACCUCCUCGUCACAGAACAGGCCGACUCCUCCACAUUGCAUUCCUCCCGGGGUCUCUGAGUUGGUAGCGCACCUCUCCUCGCUCGGACAGGUAGCAGUUUAAAUGUUGGCGCCUGAGGCAUAGGAACCACCACUCACUGUGGGUUUGGAGGCUCUAUUUCAGUGGGAGGAAGCCCGGAUUCUGCAUAGCUAUCCGCCGCACUGUUCGCAACAGUGCUCCUACGCCCUCCUCCCUCCCUGGCCAAGGAGAAGGGUCCAAAAGGCUACUAGUUGUUAUUUAAUAGCCAUUGUGCGGGGGAGGAGAUGAUGCAUAGACUGCACAUAUUUGAAUCCAGAUUCUCCUGGGCUGCAGCUGUUCCACUGUGGAAUGUUACAGAAGCUUGUAGGAUGGCUUGUUUGUAAACUCCACACAUCUUUCUUCUUAUUUUUUAAAACAUGGAGCUACGAGGUUUUAAGGAUGAAGACAUAGAGAUGAGAGAGAGAGGGUAGAAUACAGACUACUUUUGACAUCAGAGUUGGAAAAAAGGAAUUGUCGUGGUGAUAAGGGACAGUUAAUCCCGAGAAGAGAAGUUCAAGUGGUCUUGGUGAACAACUUACGGAGGGAGAGAAAGUCAGAAGGUCAUGGGUAUCUGUGGCCCUGCCUACUUAUUUUAUCUAGAAUGUUGUUACAAUUUCUGAACCAUGCUGAGACCAAUUCCCAGUCACCAACUGCAAUUUCAUUUCCACAGUUGGGGUGGGGAGACUCGUAAAUAAGGGUUUCGACAAAUCAUGUGGUUUCUGGAGGGUUGGGGUCCUCCUGUCGUUUCUUACUGGUCCUUUCCUCCUGUCCACCCGCGUCAGGCCUCCAGGUAGCCUCCUCUGGCCGAUGGUUGCUGGGUAGGGAGUGGGAGGGUGUGAGGAAGAGGCGGGCGGUGUCCAGGAAGGUCAUGGGGGGAGGGAGGAGAGGGGGUAAGCGGGCCCGUGUGAGUGUGGGGAGGAAGGAAGAGGGAAGUCCGUGAAAGCUGGGGGAUGUGUAGACAAGGGGUAUGUUGAGCUGGAUCUCGAGUUUAUGUCAGGAAAGUGAGGGGAAAAAAGUCAGGAGGUGCAGACUGGAAGGCUCCUUCUGGCUUCCUGGGACGGAGGAGGGCCGUGGGCCGGCACCAGGCACGAAGGAAGCGGAAUUGGGUGAGGUCACACUGCUGGGGCAGCAUUACAGGGAAUGUGGAAUUGGGAACUUGCAGUCUUGUAGUAUUGCAGUACUUCCUCCUGGCCUUCCUGGUGUCACCUCCCACUGCCACUGGUCCCAUGGAUGCCCAGAGGCCGAGUCCAGGCACAGCCGGGCGCCCACAGGUCAGGGCCAGGGUGUAGAGCAGGCAGCUCAGUAGGGCCACGGCCAGGGAGAGAACCUCGUAGGAUGUGUCUAUAUACGGGGGCGGAGAGGAUCGUGUUCAGUUGGGUUGGCAGUAUCCCCAGGUAUCCUAAGAGACGGGAAGCCCAUGGACCAGAGAACUCCAUGACAGUUACCGUGAGGAGCAGGGAGCUUCAGUGCUCUAGCUACACCAGGGCUCAGAGCCCACUGAACAGGAUUCAGAGUGAUCAGCCUGCUUUAAGGGCAGGUGUCACCCCACCCCUGCCUCCCUAACAGGACAGGGAGCCCCACCUCUGCUGGCUUGGAGUGGUUCUUGCCUCUGCUUACUCAUUUGAGGUGCAGAGAGAUUGCUCCCUUUCACCAUUCAUUCAUUGAGCCAAUAUUGAUUGGGCGUCCACCAUGUGUCAGACACAGUCCUUGACACUGGGAAUACAGCAGUGAAUAAAACAGACCCAAAUGCCCUCCUAGAGUGCAGGACAGUAGUCCUACAAACGGACACCGAGGCCUAGCCCCUCCGUACCCAGCCCUGGAGCGCCUCUGUCCUCUUGGGGACACAACAAGCCUGAUUCACUGGAAUUCCCCGGGGGUUCUCCGACCCUCACUAUAUUUCUGAUUUCCCUGCUGCUUCCACUCACUGUCAUUAGCUAUAUGCCAAGAAGUCUGCCCACAGAUGCCUCAGCCCGCUCAUAACUACAGGUGGGACAGGAGAAGGUCAGAGGUGCAAGAACUUGGCGGAGGGAUGGGGUGGGGCGAGUGUCUAUCUGAGGUUUGUGAGAAAGUCACUGUUUCUGGCAGUUCCUCGUGGUCACCAGGCUGCAAGAGGCAAAAGUGCCCAUGGAAAGAGAAAAGAGAUCCCUGUUCAGAGGGUUGCAUCCUCACGGUAAAAGAUGGGCCGUUGUAAAUGUUAACAAAGGCAUCAGCCUACACGGGCUUGGUGCUGGAGGUGAGGCGUGUGGGGUAGCAGGGUGGGAAGAACAUCGGACUGGGCCUUGAGAGAUGUUUUCAAGUCCUCACUCUUCUUGCCCCAGUGACCUUGACGGGGGUGACCUUGAUGGGGGACGGGGCGUGUGCUCUCAGAGCGCAAGAUUGCCUGGAAUACAUGAGGACCAUGGCUCAAGGUCCUUUCCAGCUCUGACAUGCUAUCAUUCUUUGAUUUUAUUAUAUACUCAUUUUCUUUCCUGUUUAUUAUUUUAAGAACUAACCCUACUCAAGAAUAUUUAGCUAGCUUAAAAAAAAAAGAAAAUAUUUUAUUUAAUAAACCAAUAUGUGGCCUAAUGCAAUGCCGAGGAGACAAUCAUCGUAUAUCUUUAUAAUUUUUUUUUUUCCUGCUUCGGAGUGUCCUUUGACAAAUGCAAGAAGCUUUAUUCUGUUGUGCUUCAGCUUUGGGGAUGUUUGAUUGCUUUGGUUUGUCAUGGGGAAGAGAUGUUGUGGGCAGCUACCUCCAUGUACGUGAACUGGAUAAAGCAGGAUUGCCUUUCAAUAAAUGGUGUCAUCCGACAGGAA